AUGGAACAAGAAAGGUUCGUUCAUUUAUUCGCUUAUGAAGUGCCUAUGACAAAAUCCUCUGGUAUCCGUGCACAAAUUCGAUGCUACACCACACCGACACCGGCUUCCGAGACAUUACAAAGUUCAGCGGCCAUUGUUGACGAUGCGCCAGAGCUAAUACUAUUGCCUGAUCUACCGGAUUCCCAAACCCUCGAUGGAACUGUUUCGGUGGCUGCUGAUCCCAUUACAGCAGACGUUAUCGCCGAUGCUGCUUUGAAAGUUGGUGAUUUGAAGGCGAUGGGACUCGUUCAUUCCACACCCGUUGGUUUGGUGGAAUCUUUGCUCGAAGCUAUUCACGUCUAUACUGGUUUACCCUGGUGGAGCACUAUCGUGGCUUUCAGUAUAAUUGUCAGAGUCGCUUUGCUACCGCUGAAUAUAGCUUCCGCGCGAAACGUUGCCAAGAUGGCCAUCGUACAACCGAAGAUUCAAGCACUGAUGGAAGAAGUAAAUGAAGCAAAGAAGCGGGGCGAUCAAGCAGCUAUGCUAGCAAAAUCGCAGGAAACAGCAGAUAUUUUCAGAAAAGCUGGUGUUAAUCCCUUCAAGAACUUUUUUAUAGCCGCAGUUCAGGCGCCGGUAAUGAUUAGUAUAUUUCUAGCCAUAAGAGACAUGGCUAAAUUCCCUGUACCAGGAUUUAAGAUAGGUGGCGUUCAUUGGAUUCAAGAUUUAACUCUCCCAGAUCCGUACUAUAUCUUACCGGUUGCAACUGCUCUUGGAUUCCUGGCUGUUUUGGAAACAGCCGAAACAAAUGCAGCGCCGUCAGGACAGGCGCAAAGACUCAAGAAUACGUUUCGUUUCGUAGCGCUGCUUGGGAUACCUUUUGCUUCAUACUUACCUGCAGGAUGUCUUGUAUUCUUCUCAACGAAUUCCGCUUUAUCCAUAACGCAGACAUUUCUGUUGAGGAACAAGACUGUUAAGCGUGCGCUCGAUAUCCCAGAAGUUCCCAAGUAUCUCGUGUCUUCAAAGCCAUCACCAUCACCAGCACCACAGAAAUCAUUCCGUGAACAGUUUCAAUCGUUGUACGGUGACAGCAAUCAAAAUUUGCAGAGAAGGCAACGAAAAAGAUUUUAA